AUGAGCACUCAGGAUGUCCAUAUCGUCCCUCUGGCGCCCCGUGCUGUCGAGGCAAUAUCUGCCAGUGUGAUACUCAUGGUACUGGCAAUUGGCUUGUUUGUUGCUCGCUUCUAUACACGACGCAACAUCAACGCAGUGCAGUCGAGCGACUGGAUGGUUCUUGUUUCCUUGUUACUUUCUAUUGCUUUUGUUGGAAUAUUUGUUGCAGAAGUGACAACUGGUAUGGGCUUGCACGAUGAUGAUGUUCCUCUAGGAACAUCUAUUUUCCAAAAGAAACUCUUUUGGAUUAGUAUUCCAUUUUACAACGCCGCAAUGAUAACCGCCAAAGCCUCUAUUAUUAUCCAAUACUUUCACGUCUUCCCAACCAGAAAAAUGCGCAUCGUCUGCUUGGUCAUGGCUGCUAUCAUGAUCCUGUGCGGUACCUGGAUGGUAUUCAGUGCUAUUUUCAAUUGUAUUCCCGUUGCCAAAUUCUGGAAUGCCGACCUUCCAGGCCAUUGUCUGCGGGAUAAAUUUCUCUGGUUCUCCAAUGCAUCUCUGAAUAUUUUCACUGACAUGGCAAUUCUUGUCAUUCCAAUUCCGGCCUUGACUUCGUUGGGCUUGCCAGUUAGACAGAAGGUUGGACUGUGCUGUCUCUUUGCCUUGGGUUCGUUUAUAUGCCGCCUGCAGAGCUUGAAGGCAUUGGUAGAUUCAGAUGAUCAUUCUUACCAUAGCCUAGCAGUAUCAAUGUGGUCUGCCGUCGAAUGCAACACGGGAAUCAUCUGUGCAUGCCUCCCAACUCUCCGCCCAGCAGUAACCCGCAUAUGGCCAUCAUUAUCAUUCAUAUUUCCUGAUGUAUCCAUUGACCGUCAACCCGAGCCCUCCAUCACGGAUCAGACAUCCCUGACCCGCCGCGGCGGUGGUGGUGGCCAUACUAACAUGCGCAUGAACUUCGCCUCUAGAGAGAUCGAAGCUAGCCGUGAAUCCGCAUCCAAAUACAGUGUAAACGGCGGUAUGCCACAAUACCAACAAUUCAUGAACCCUAGGGUUGCUCCUAUGCCUGGAAACGCUUUUGCGCAGAAUUUGAUGCGUAAGGGUUCCUUUUUUUGA